ACAUACAAAAUAAUUCUAUAAAUACAACAAAUCAUUUUCUUCACUAAAAUCACACAACAUACUUAAUUUACAAACCUAGUUUUCUUUCCUUGGAGCAAACAUGGAUCCAUUUACUACAUUGUUGUACGCCUCUCUCAUCUCCAUCCUCGUAGCCUUCAUUUUCAACUUUCUCUCAACUCAGAAACGCUCAAAGAGAAACCUUCCUCCUAGUCCAUCACCCACUUUUCCGAUUAUCGGACAUCUUCAUCUCCUAAGCGACCUUCCUCAUCGGACCUUUCAAGAGCUCUCACAAAAACUAGGCCCUGUCUUCUCCCUUCAACUGGGAAACCGGCUUGCUGUGAUUGUAUCUUCCCCGUCUGCUGUUGAAGAAUGCUUCACCAAGAACGACAUUAUUCUAGCAAACCGGCCAUCUUUUAUUUCUGGAGAGUACUUAAGCUACAAUCACACCACCAUGGGUGAUGCACCUUACGGGGACCAUUGGAGAAACCUGCGUCGUCUCAUGACGGUCGAGGUUAUGUCUACCACCCGCCUCAACAGUUUCUUACCCAUCCGACAAGACGAAGUCAAACAUCUCCUUCAAGGCCUUUAUCAAGUGUCUUCUUCCUCCACCUUUACCGUUGUGGAUAUGAGAUCACGAUUAUCGGAGCUAUCGUUUAACGUUAUAAUGAGAAUGAUUGCUGGUAAAAGAUACUUCGGACAAGAAGAAAUUUCGGAUUAUGAGGAGGCUAAGGAAUUCACGAAUCUCAUACGAGAGAUUCUCGAACAAAUUGGUGUAUCAAAUCCUGGAGACUUUUUACCCGUUCUAAGAUUAUUUGACUAUGGAAAUUACGAAAAAAGCUUGUCCACCCUUCAAAAGAAGAUGGAUGGCUUCCUCCAACGCCUCAUAGAUCAACGUCGACUUUCAAAAGGUGGUAACUCUAUGAUUGACCAUUUGCUUGCUUUACAAGAAAACCAACAAGAUUACUAUACCGAUGAUAUAAUCAAAGGGCUUAUUCUAGUUAUGAUACUUGCUGGAACGGAUACAUCAUCGGUGACGUUAGAAUGGGCAUUGUCAUUAUUAGUAAAUAACCCCGAGGUAUUAAAGAAGGCGACAGCUGAGAUAGAUGCUCAAGUCGGCCAAGACCGUCUUGUGAACGAACCCGAUCUUGCUAAAUUACCUUAUCUCCAUGGGGUGAUCUCCGAGACCCUUCGGAUGUUCCCACCGGCACCACUCCUUGUCCCCCACAUGCCGUCGGAGGAUUGCAAGAUUGCUGGAUUCGAUGUGCCUCGUGGAACGAUGUUACUAGUAAAUGCAUGGGCCAUGCAUAGGGAUCCUGAUAUUUGGGAAGAACCAGAAAAGUUUGAUCCAAAGAGAUUUGAAGGUGAAGAAGCUGAAAGAGGACAUAAGCUACUACCAUUCGGGAUGGGACGAAGAGUCUGUCCUGGAGUAGGGCUAGCCCAACGUGUUAUAGGGCUUACAUUGGCCUCAAUGAUUCAAUGCUUUGAGUGGGAGAGGCUAAGUGAAAAUGAUUUAGUUGAUUUAAGUGAAGGGAAGGGUCUCACUAUGCCCAAAGCUCAGCCACUCGAGGUUAUGUGCAAAAAUCGUGAUUUGUUGCACAAGCUUAUUUUAUGAUUUGUUGUUAUUUUACUAGCCAUUUAUUUCUUUUCUCAUUUUGAAUGGAAUAAAAUUUACUAUUACUUGUGUUAUUGAUAAUGUAUUAAUUCUC